AUGACCUUUGCACCCGGUCCUGUGCUGCAGGUGAAGGGGCGGGCCAACCUGUGGACUCAGGGCCGUGUGCAGCAGCAGUACCAGAUCGACGUCCGCACCAUCGAGGAACUGUUUGGUCAAAACGACCAUCAAUCAAACGCGGAGGCCACGCCCACCAGGGGCGGGAAGACCAGGAGCUCGUUCAGAGAGGUCAAAGACGAGGUGUCCAUCCUGGACUCGAAGCGAGGGAUGAACAUCGGGAUUUUCCUCAAACAGUUCAAGAG